CAGCCCGCGAGCUCACAGUUCCUCCGAACUGCUCAGCCCCGAGGCGGUGCGCGCAGGAGCCGGGAAGGCGAGCCCUAAACCGGAGCCCAGCCGGGAGAAGUGGGAGAGGCCCCCCUGAAACAGUUCACAGCCCUUUGAAGGCAUUCGGUGCACUGACGUCCCCUGAAACUUCAUUCUGCAAAGUCUCACUGUGGCCAUUUGAUCGCUGCCCUUGACACCAUGGAUCUGCACAUGUUUGACUACUCGGAACCGGGGAACUUCUCCGACCUCAGCUGGCCGUGCAACGGCAGCGACUGCAUUGCGGUGGACACGCUGCAGUGCUCCGGCAUGCCCAGCAAGAGCGUCCUGCUCUACACGCUCGCCUUCACUUACAUCUUCAUUUUCGUCAUCGGCAUGAUUGCCAAUUCCGUGGUCGUCUGGGUCAACAUCCAGGCCAAGACUACGGGCUACGACACGCACUGCUACAUCUUAAACCUGGCCAUCGCUGACCUGUGGGUGGUGGUCACCAUCCCGGUCUGGGUGGUCAGCCUCGUGCAGCACAACCAGUGGCCCAUGGGCGAGCUCACGUGCAAGAUCACUCACCUCAUCUUCUCCAUCAACCUGUUCGGCAGCAUCUUCUUCCUCACCUGCAUGAGCGUGGACCGCUACCUCUCUGUCGCCUACUUCGCCAACACCUCCAGCCGCAGGAAGAAGAUGGUGCGCCGCGCCGUGUGCGUCCUGGUGUGGCUGCUGGCCUUCUGCGUGUCCCUUCCCGACACCUACUACCUGAAGACCGUCACGUCCGCUUCCAACAACGAGACCUACUGCCGGUCCUUCUACCCCGAGCACAGCGUCAAGGAGUGGCUGAUCAGCAUGGAGCUGGUCUCCGUGGUCCUGGGCUUCGCCAUCCCCUUCUCGGUCAUCGCCAUCUUCUACUUCCUGCUGGCCCGGGCCAUCGCCUCGUCCAGCGACCAGGAGAAGCAGAGCAGCCGGAAGAUCAUCUUCUCGUACGUGGUGGUCUUCCUCGUGUGCUGGCUGCCCUACCACGUGGUGGUGCUGCUGGACAUCUUCUCCAUCCUGCACUACAUCCCCUUCACCUGCCAGCUGGAGAACUUCCUGUUCACGGCCCUGCACGUCACGCAGUGCCUGUCCCUGGUGCACUGCUGCGUCAACCCUGUGCUCUACAGCUUCAUCAACCGCAACUACAGGUACGAGCUGAUGAAGGCCUUCAUCUUCAAGUACUCGGCCAAGACGGGGCUCACCAAGCUCAUCGACGCUUCCAGGGCGUCGGAGACCGAGUACUCUGCUUUGGAGCAAAACACCAAGUGAUGUGCUUCCCAGAGCCUCCGGGACCUGGAUGCUGGGUCCCAACAGGGCACCGGGCUGCAUCGUUCUCCAGAGUAAAGCCAAGUGGCUUCAGGCUUGAUGCCUGAGUAGCGUGAAGAGGGGGACUGGGUCUCUGGGGCUCCAUUCUCUCUCUCGGGCCAGCAUGGCUGCCGCGUGGCUGCCGCGUGGCUGCUGCGUGGCUCUGCGUCCUAGGACGACCAGGUGGCAGCCCGCACUGCUCGUCAGAUCAGCCGUGGGGCAGGCUUGCCUGCACUUCUGUACAGUAGGACUCUCUGCUCCCUGAACGUUUAUAUGGUGAUUUGUAUUUAAAUCUUAAGACCUUAUUUUCUCACUCUCAGUGUACCUUAUUAAAAGAAAGCUGAAAUAUAUUUUAGAGAUUGUCUGGGAGGCGUAAUGCUGACGUGUAUGCAGUGUUGUAGUUUUGAGGUUAGUUUGGCUUCUGUCUUGACUAAGGGUGACAUUCAUUGUUAGCUGGUUUGAAAGUAUAUAUAUAAAUACAUAAAUAUAUAAAUAUAUGCCA